AGCUAGAUAUAUUCCAUGAUUAAAUCACAUACUGAUAGACUCUGUUUACUUAUUCUGGGACUUCCAAAGACAAUUGAUGGUGCUUUUUUUUAUUAAGGGGUAUCAUUUUGAAAGAGAUUGUGUUAUCACAUAAAAUCUCAAACUUCCCAUUAAAGAUUUUAGUUCUAAGCUGACAAAAUGUGAGAAACUUUAAAGCGAUGUGCAUAUGUUAGUUUUUCCAAGACAUUGUACAUUUCUACUUGUGCUGCCUUAUCUCCCUUAUCUUACUUUGCUCCUCUGGAUUUGCAUGUCAGGUCAGUGAAGUGAUUGAAACAGUAGUGCUCUGGAAAGGUUCAUUUGCCUGUGAUGUGAGUCCGCCAGGUAAACCCUCUCUACUCUUUGCACCUGACUGCAGAGGCUGAGACUCCGAGCUAAAACUGGACGUCAACGUUCGGACUGCCUGGCCAACAUGGGAGUGAAGGAGAUGUUAAAUCUGGCGCGGGUGCCAUCCAUUCUCAUGCUUGGUGUGAUUUAUGUGGCCUACGUGCUGAUUGGUGGUGUGAUUUUCUGGAAACUGGAAGGAGAUCUUGGAGGGAAGGAUCUCUCCAAGUUGCUCCUUAACAAACAGAGGCUGCUAAUGACGUACAGCUGCCUGAACCAAGAAGGUCUAGAGGAAGUGGCUCAGGUUGUUCGAGAUGCGUCAAAGACUGGUCUGAGUUUGAAAGGCAACCAAACCGCAGACGGCUUCUGGAAAUUCACCAGCUCGGCUGUGUUUGCUGCCACUGUGGUCACAACUAUAGGUUAUGGAAACAUGAGCCCCAGCUCAACAGCUGGUCAGAUCUUCUGCGUCUUCUUUGCACUCUUUGGGAUUCCUCUCAACGUAGUGGUGCUCAACAGAGUGGGCAAGUACAUGCUCGCAUUGGAGAGAAAUGUCUCAGACUUCCUAGAAGGCAAAUCUGGACGAAAGAGGUGCACACGGUUUUUUGUCCACCUGUUUUGCUUCAUCUGUGGCACCGUCCUGUUCUUCAUCAUGCCCAUGCUUGUGUUCCAGCAGCAAGAGGGCUGGACCUACUCCCAGGCCAUCUACUACUGCUUCAUCACACUCAGCACCAUUGGUUUUGGGGAUUUUGUAGCAGAUAGUAAUCCAGACAAAGACUACCCUGACUGGUAUAGCGUCCUCAUGGCCUCGUGGAUCUUUUUUGGCCUGGCCUGGCUCGCUCUGCUCAUCAACCACUCCAUUGACAUCCUGGAGCGGCUUAACUCCCUCCUCAAAAAAGGCUGCUGUGGUGAGAAGACUCUGGAAGAGUCUGAGAGCGCAGACAACAACAAUCCCGACACUCAAAUGGAGGAUGAUGAUGAGAUUAAGAAGCCUCCGGUAACUGAGUAAUCUACAACAACAAGGUGAAGGUUUUAGUGAGUCAAUUACACGACCAUUAGCCCUGUAUUUAGGAUGUUUGAACUGGUGACAGGCCGUGAGUACAUGUGAUAUCAGGCUGUAAAUGCUGUAAAUCUUCAUAAUCACCAGUUCAUUAGCAUGUGACUGAUCAAAGGUUGUAAAGUUCUGAUAAGUGGCCAGCGAGCCGAAUAAGAAAGCGACAUGUCUCAUGUUCCACAGAGGAGAUACAGUUUGUGUUUGUAGUUUGCGUAGUACGUGUCACUUUUACAAAUUUCCAGAGAUGCAGCAAAUAGUCAUACAUGAAUCUGUGUAAAAUUAAGAAGAAUCUAUAUAAUUAAAAACCAUGUUUCAUUAAGAAGUAAUCAUCCUAUUUUGUUAUUCUCUUAAACACUUAAGGGAACCACUUUUACUGGUUUUAUCAGCAGGAAAAUAGCUAUAUGAAUGCAGCGCCAGGCAGGAGGAAGAAAAGUGCAAUCAGUAGCAAUUCUUGUAUUAAUUCUUGUAUAAAUACUGCAAUUAGUUAUUCCCUCCUUUGCGCUCACAGGGAUGAGAGAAGAGAUCUUCAAUAUAUUCUUAAAAAAAGGAAGAAUCUAAUUCUAUUUUUUAUAGUUUGCACGAAUCCAAACUUUUUAUUUUGUUUUUUUCAUUCUUUCUUUAGGUUUUUAAGAAAGUGAAAACGUUCAUAUAUACACACAAAAGAGGACAGCGUAC